GAUCAGCAAGCUAGCUCAAGGAACCCCCCUUUCUUAAUUUAUGGCAAGAUCCAGAUCAGAGAGAUCUAACUAGCUAGCUUGCUUUUUGCUUACAAGAUAAUUCAGCACCUUUGAGUAGAGUUUGAAGAAAUCGCUGCGGUGUCCAUAAACAAGAAGGCAACAGUACUGGUGGUAUUACUAGCUAGCUGCUGCUACGAACUGGCUACUGCUGGGAUAAAUUUAUAAGGUAAAGUAAUUAAUAAUUUAAGAUUAUGGAUGAAGAAUUGGGAACAGCAGGAAAGAAGUUGGAAUUAGGAUCAUCUGCUGCCGCUGUGGAGGAGAUCAUGUCUGUUGAUUGGAGAGGCAGACCCUGCUGCUGCAACCCUAGAAGAAAGCAUGGUGGAAUGCCUGCUGCUGCUUUUGUCCUUGGGUUUCAAGCAUUUGAGAUGAUGGCGAUUGCAGCAGUGGGAAACAAUCUAAUAACAUACGUGUUCAAUGAGAUGCACUUUUCAUUGUCAAGAUCAGCCAACACUGUCACAAACUUCAUUGGAACUGUGUUUCUUCUUUCUCUCCUUGGUGGCUUCCUCUCUGAUUCUUAUCUUGGCAGCUUCUGGACCAUGCUAAUCUUUGCCUUUGUUGAGCUCACUGGUUUCAUCUUACUAUGCGUGCAAGCCCAUCUGCCGCAACUAAGGCCUCCACACUGCAACAUGGUCUCCUCUUCCGGCCAAGGCGGCGGGCCCGGGUGCGUGGAAGCGAAGGGCUUCGAGGCCUUCAUCUUCUUCGGGGCGCUGUACUUGGUGGCACUGGGAAGCGGCUGUCUGAAGCCGAACAUCAUCUCGCAUGGAGCCGACCAGUUCCGGAAGGAGGAGCCGAAGAAGCUGUCGAGCUACUUCAACAUGGCCUACUUGGCCUUCUGCAUCGGCCAGCUCUUCGCCCUGACCCUUCUGGUUUGGGUGCAGACCCACUCGGGAAUGGACGUCGGAUUCGGGGUAUCGGCGGCCGCCAUGGCUGUGGGACUGUUCAGCUUGGUGUCUGGGACGCUUCUUUACAGGAACACGCCCCCUCGUGGCAGCGUCUUCACUCCCAUUGCCCAGGUAUUUGUGGCUGCAAUUUCAAAGAGAAAGCAGAUAUGUCCUUCAAGCUCGGAGAUGCUUCACGGAGGCCAACACAUCAACACCACUUGUGCCCCCUCUUCUAAGUUCAGGUUCCUAGACAAGGCCUGCAUCAGAAGCGGAGAUGGAAGCUCAAGUGAAAGUGCAUGGAGACUAUGCACCAUAACCCAAGUGGAGCAAGUGAAGACAAUCAUCUCAGUUCUCCCCAUCUUUGCCUGCACCAUAAUCUUCAACACCAUCUUGGCUCAGCUCCAGACAUUCUCAGUCCAACAAGGAAACUCCAUGAACAAGCAACUCACCAAACACUUCCAAAUCCCACCAGCUUCUCUCCAGGCCAUCCCCUACAUCAUCCUCAUCUUCGUCGUCCCGCUUUACGAGACCGUGUUCGUGCCCGUCGCCAGAAAAUUCACCGGCAACGAUGCCGGGAUCUCGCCUGUGCAAAGAAUAGGCACCGGACUCUUCAUCGCCACCUUCUCCAUGGUUUCAGCCGCACUGAUGGAGAGCAAGAGGAGGAAGGCGGCCCUGCAGGGAUCAAACCAAGCCCUCUCCAUCUUCUGGAUCGCGCCCCAAUUCUUGAUAUUCGGAUUGUCAGAGAUGUUCACGGCGGUUGGCCUCAUCGAGUUCUUCUACAAGCAGUCCUUGCAGGGAAUGCAGAUGCACUCAUUCUUCACAGCUCUCACUUAUUGUUCUUACUCUUUCGGCUUCUUCUUGAGCUCCCUAUUGGUUUCUUUGGUCAACAAAGUUUCCUCCACCCCAUCUGGAGGUGGCUGGCUCACUCACAACGAUCUCAACAAGGAUAGAUUGGACCUUCUCUACUGGCUGCUGGCUGCUCUCAGCCUUGUCAACUUCUUCAACUUUCUCUUCUGCUCCACAUGGUAUUCUUCCAACCCACCUCCUAAACUUUCUGACCACCCAAACAGAGCUACCCCUUGAACCGCGUUGUCUCUGCUUAAUUAUGGCCUUUUCCCCCACCUUUACCUUUUGACUUCAAAUAAAACCCUAGCAGGAUGAUUAACAUGGUAGACUUAGGCCCACUAGGAAUAGAAUAGAAUCACCCAUACUUUUUCUUUUGUUUCUGUAAGGUGGAUAUCUGAGGGACUUGAAGAAGGUCUUUAACCUAAUGAUUACAAGGAUCCAUUAAGGUAUUCAGAUCUUAAUCCACGAACUAUAUUAGUAUAUAUAAGAUUAGAUGCACUUUGCUGGUUAUUCCUUCUCCAUCUCCAUCUCAUUAGCCCUCAAGUGGUGGAACUCCAAUGAUCGCCAUUUUUCAUUUUUUACCUGUUCUUUUGAUUUUGUUUCUUUUUCUUGUUUUUUCUUUAAAACCCAAAACUUCAUUUGUGAAUUAUCAUUUAAAGAGGAAUUGCAUUAGAUGGUCAAUAACGAGCCUGAUCACUCGCCAAAUCAAACAACAUAAAUUCUCCUUUUACCUUAAAUAAUGUAUAAGUGGUGGGGUCAUGUUUUAUUUAGUCGAAACCUUCAUUUUUUUAAAAGCACAAAAUGGGAAUUUUGUAGAGUGAUUCAUGAAUCUCGCUAACAAAAAUUAAAAAUUAAACCUAGGCA